AGUGAACAGAUCACCGUCUGAUGAACAAGUGCAACGAAUAGUUUUAGUUUUAAAAUUUAUUUUUUGUGUGAUAAAUUUGUGAAUUGUUCGCCACACCAAAGGGAUUAUGAAGAACUUUAAGAUACCCCAAACUGUCGUGCUGAUUGCGAUUCUUUGUCACCAAUCAUCUUCUCUCCCACGAGAAAAACGAAGUUUUUGGCCAUUUUUUGGCGGAGGAGCCAGUACUGAUGUUGCCGAGACACCAGCAACGGAAGUAGCAGAAGCAGCGGAUCAAUAUGUGGAAUUGCCAACACAACUACCUGAAACAUCGAUUCAACAGCCCUCUCCCGGCUAUAGCUACCCAAUAUUUCAUGUACACAAAUACAAUGGAUUUGAGUUGAGACCAUUGCUUCCACAGCAGUUACAGCACCUUCACACACAAGUGUCAUAUGGUCAAUCGCAGCAAAAUCAACCGAUUCAGCAAUUACACCAACCGAAUCAAGUACAAAAUUUUGAGCUCUCUGGGCAACGACAACCGAAUAAUGGACAACAAUUUACUGCGAAUCCAAAUUGUCAAGCAAAAGCAGCACCCGCAGCUAUACCGCCAGAGCUGCAAGAGUUAGCUCAACAAUUUGGUAUUAAAGAUGCGAGUAAACUUCCUAGCUUAGACGAUGCUAUGGGUUUGUUAGGUACCACAACUCGUGCUGAAACGAUUGAAACAAUAAAGGAAUUGGCGGCUACCCCAGAUGGUAUGAAUUUGAUUCGCCAAUUUUUGGCAAGCGAUGAGGGUGCUGCAGCUAGUCAAGAUCCGGACGUUGACAAUCAGUGUAAUGACGCUUCCGCAACACAACAAAUCAGUUCUCCACAACCUAGCAAUGCUAAUUUGCCUCAUCGUCAAAUGUUCGUCCCAAGCACAAUCCAACAUCAGCAAUACCGUUUACCAUAUCCUCCACAACACGAAAUCUAUGGAUUACCGAAUGCUCAUCGAGGAAAUUCAUUUCAAACCCCUCAAAAUCACGGAAUUUAUCAAUCGCCAACACAUAUUAUGUCGAUGGUCAAAAAUGAAGCUGUACCCCACGAGCAAUAUGGUCUUCCCAAUGAACUUUCAACGGCCCACUCGGAACAUCAAGGUUAUAACGCGCCGAGACCAAAUAUUGAACAAUCGCAACAUGGUCACAGGAUCUACGGCUUACCAAACAUAAAACCAGCUGCUCCGUUUCAACAAGGAUACUAUGCACCUAGGUCCAACCAUGUGGAGUCGGUAAAAAGCGAAGGAGUGCCACACGAUGAAUACAACGUUCCCAACGAAGUAUCAAGUUCUGGUUCAGAAACUCAAGAGCUGCAUAAAGAAUAUGGAGUUCCUAGUAGCGGCGAGUCGCAUGCCAGUGAACAACAUGAAACAUAUGGUCUACCAAACGUUCAAGAGCCCGUAAAUUUUCAUCAGCAAGGUCCAUAUCCACCAAAAACUGAUGCCGAAGAACCUCAUCAGGAAUAUGGAGUUCCUAAUAGCGGCGAGUCACAAGCAAGUCAACAACAAGAAACAUAUGGUCUACCGAACGUUCAAGAGCCCGUAAAUUUUCAUCAGCCAGGUCCGUAUCCACCAAAAACUGAUGCCGUAGAACCUCAUCAAGAAUAUGGUGUUCCUAAUAGCGGCGAGUCGCAUGCGAGUGAACAACAUGAAACAUAUGGUCUACCAAACGUUCAAGAACCUGUAAAUUUUCAUCAACCAGGUCCGUAUCCUUCAAAAACUGAUGCCGAAGAGCCUCAUCAGGAAUAUGGAGUUCCUAAUAGCGGCGAGUCACAUGCAAGUCAACAACAAGAAACAUAUGGUCUACCGAACGUUCAAGAACCUCUAAAUUUUCAUCGUCAAGGUCCAUAUCCGUCAAAAACAGAUAGCGUAGAGUCAGCGGAGAAAGCUGAACAGACAGUCGUUCUACACAAAGAAUACAAUGUUCCGAAUGAAGAGAAUCAUCAAACACAAAUUCCACACGAAGUUUAUGGAAUUCCUAGUGAUGAACAAGACAAAGGUACAUCUGAACCCCAACAAACGUAUGGAGUACCAUAUAACAAUGAAAAUGAGAAUGUACAGCAAGAUCAACAAGCUGUUCAUAAUGAAUAUGCUGCACCAAUAAAUGCACAAGUAUCAAAUACCAUCGAAAACUCUAUUCCACACAUGAGUUAUGCACUUCCACAUCAACGAUUUUUUGAAGCACCAAAUGCAUUCAGGCAACCACAACCCCAGUACAGUACACGAUAUGGAGCUCCUACUAGGUACACUACCAACAACCUUCGUACUCACGUUCCAAUUUUACGGCAAAUAGAUGGUACACUGGACCGUACACAUAUUAAUUUGGAACUCGGUCAACUUUUAACAACUACAGCUCGACCACAAGCUGGAUUUUUAGAGAGAGUCGGAGCAUGGACUAGAUAUUUCGCUCCACCUGGUCCAACGAUCCCGAUUGUUCCUCCACAAGUAACUGAAGACGUAAAUGAAUCUGUCGGUCAUACACAGAACACAUACACUAUUCCAAUACCAAAGGUACCCCAAACGCCACAGUUACCGAAUGCAUACAUACCAAAGAAAUUCUUACAACCACCACAAUCGAAUCAAGGGCCAUUUAUACGAGUUCAGCAUCCAUCAUCAAGUGCACUGACACAACUAAAUACGUAUGAAGUACCAUAUCAACAACCGCAACCAUUUGACGGACAAACCGUGGAAGAAUUUGUUCCAGAUAUCAGUCAAUUGCCUUUGGAACAGCGCUAUUCGGCCCAUAAUUUACGAACAUCGUACGGUAUACCUACUCAUUCUGAAGAUUCGAGCGCGGCGGAAUCCGAAACGAACGAACAACGUGUGGCCGUUAUACUGCCCAACCACUCUACCAUUGAAAAUGAAGAAUUUAUUGACAACGAUGUGGUUGACGAAGAACCUCAUUACAAGUACGGACCACAGCGGAUAUCAUCGUACGAUUCGUAUGCUACCGGUAAAUUGAGUCGGGCUAGUGACGAAGCUAUCAUUCAACUGAUUCCUACACAAAAGCCGUACACAAAUCAAGGAAGAAAAUUGGGACAAGUGGAAGAGUCAUCGAUCAUUGAUGCGAUAGCCACAAUGACCAGUGGAUUUCGCCCAAUAACAUGAGAUGGUUUUGUGAUGUGACUCUGUGCCACAAGUAAAUUAAUUAGGUAAUUAAGUAAGUUUUGUAAUUUUUGAAAUUUUAUUUAUUAUUUAUUUAUACGCUCGUAACGUAGAUGACUGAUAGAAAAAAUAAAAAUUGUG